GAGAGUGACCGACCCGGUGGCUUUUAGGGGGGAGGCCACUCAGUUGUUAGAGCCCAGGCCUUGCGCUCUUCUUCCAGCUGCUGUUUCUGCUCGUUUUCAGCACUACGGCCGCCAGGCUGGCUGCUGCCCGGCCUCCCCUCCUCCUUUUGCCGGUACCUACCUCAAAACCGCCCGAGGCUGCGAGGCUCCGCUCUUGAAGGAGGAGGAAGCUGGGUCUGCAAAGGCAGAAGGGAAUUGCAUUGUAGCUGGGUGGCGGGGGGAAAACGGGGGGCGGGGGAAGAGAGGAGAGAGAAAAAAAAAUAAAAGGAAAAAAGGAGCGGGGCUGAGUCUGGAAGCGGGUCUCGCCGCCCAGGACCCGCACGCCCCGGCCGCCACGCGUGGGUGCAGAUCGCGGCGCGGCGCGCAGGGCCGGGCUGAAGAUGCACACGACGCAGAAGGACACCACUUACACCAAGAUCUUCGUCGGGGGCUUGCCCUACCACACCACCGACUCCAGCCUGCGCAAGUACUUCGAGGUCUUCGGGGACAUCGAGGAGGCGGUGGUCAUCACCGACCGGCAGACGGGCAAAUCCCGGGGAUACGGCUUUGUCACCAUGGCUGACAGAGCUGCUGCUGAAAGGGCUUGUAAGGACCCCAACCCCAUCAUCGAUGGCAGGAAAGCCAACGUGAACCUGGCGUACCUGGGUGCCAAGCCGCGGAUAAUGCAGCCAGGUUUUGCCUUUGGUGUCCAGCAGCUUCAUCCAGCUCUCAUACAGAGGCCUUUCGGGAUACCCGCUCACUAUGUCUAUCCACAGGCUUUUGUGCAGCCCGGAGUGGUAAUUCCCCACGUGCAGCCCGCGGCAGCUGCUGCUUCCACCACGCCCUACAUCGACUACACUGGCGCGGCGUACGCGCAGUACUCGGCGGCGGCGGCCGCCUAUGAGCAGUACCCAUACGCCGCCUCCCCAGCCGCCGCCGCCGGCUACGUGGCGGCCGGGGGCUAUGGCUACGCUGUGCAGCAGCCCCUGACCGCAGCAGCGCCCGGCACGGCCGCGGCGGCCGCAGCGGCGUUUGGCCAGUACCAGCCCCAACAGCUGCAGGCAGACCGCAUGCAAUAGCGGAUGGACUCCCGAAGGAAGCUCGCCAGCUCUCUCUUCCUCUUCUCAGCCUUCCAGUAGAAGUAGUUAACAGAGACAAUUUGUAGUAACUAAGGAGCUUUAAGGAAAGUGAUGCUAUUGCGAAACUAAAGAUUUUUAUUCCGCUGUCUUCAUACAGUAUGCAUCCAAAUCUUGUUGUUAGAAGGGAAGGGUAGUGUGGCAUGUCUAGUUUCAAGUAUCAAGCCAGAAGAAAAUGGGGGGAAAAAUACUGUACUGUCAUGAAAGAGUGGCAGGAGUAGCAAUGGGACUUCAUCUUUUCAAACGAACAAAAAAGAACC